AUGACAGAACAGGAACAAGAUACAGUUCACGAUCGUGAGCAGCCAAGUGACGUUUCCUCUUCAUCUGAAGAAGACCCUUUGUUGAACCAUAGACACGGCGGAAGGGGCCGCGACUAUGUGGACCCUGAUGAUCCUAUAGUGUCCCCAUUGAACUUGUAUAAGAUUCAAUUACUUCGUUAUGGGUUGAUACUUGUUUUGCUUUUCAAUGCUUUAUUGUUUCUUGGGUUUUUUGUCACUGAUUUUGUUGCAAUUCCAGGGUUUAAUAACCGGGGGAAAUCCUUCUUGGAACUUGAUUUGGUUGUACUAAAUAUCUUGACUGACGUUCUAACAUUAUGGUGUUUUAUAGUACCGGCGUAUUAUGAAAGACUAUUAGGAUAUUUGAGUUUGGGGUUGGUGGUGAUUGAUUUCAUUGUGGUGUUCACCGUACCGUAUUUGAGGGAUCAAGAAGGACUUAUUGGGAACUUUUUGUUUAUAUGGACAAUUCUUAAUAUUAUAAUUAAUUGUUUUGCUGAUUAUUGGGUUGAGCAAUCUAAAAAACAUCAAGAGAUUAAAUACACUGGUCGAAUUGAAAGUAGGAGAUCGAUAUUUGAAUUACUGGUAAUGUUUGUUAAGGUAUUAAGUAAAUUGGUACUAUUAUUAAUCCUAUGGAAUAUCAGUUUAACUAUUUGGCUUACCGCGUUUGAUACUCACGAAAAACCAUGGGGUCAGUUAAUUAGUGUAAAUGAAGAUAAUUUCAAAGUCCAUCUUUCCUGCUACGGAGAUGUCACUAAUGAAAAGGAAUCAAAACAACCAAUUUUAUUAUUGGAAGGUGGACAACUAACGUCUUCAGAACAAUUCCAAGAAUGGGUUGAAGAAUUAUAUCACUUGAACAAAAUUGAAAGAUAUUGUAUUUGGGAUAGACCCGGUUAUGGUUUCAGUGACAGUGCUCCUUCUCCUACGUCCAUUGGAAUAAUCACCGAAUACUUGAUUGAAGCAUUAAAACAUGCCGGGGUAGAUGGUCCCUUCAGUGUGGUUGGUUUUGACAGCGGCGGCUUAUACUCCAGAAUGUUUGUUCUGAGAAAUCCCGGUAAAAUUCAUCUGAUGCUACUAGUUGAUAGUUGGCAUGAGGAUUUACUCAAACACAACCCUUUUGGUGGCUCAAAUCGUAAGAACGAAAAUAAACGUACCUUCAAGAAUGUGUUGGAAUUCCUAGACACCAAAACGGGCAUUGCCCUAUGGUUCAAAGGUUUAGUAUCUCCUUUAGGCAUCAUCAAAAACUUCCAUUGGUUUUUCCAUCCAAGGAAACAUUCCUCCAAUAAUCGAAUCUUUGGUAAUGACAUGAUUUAUAGCUCGAAAUAUUUACGGGCAAGAUUGCAAGAACAGGUCACUGCGUCCAUCUUGUCCUACAAUGAAAUAAUCGGAAGCGAUAUUCAUAAUAUCCCCGUCAGUGUCAUUAGUUCUGAUUUCAUGAUCAAAAACUCUCUCAAUUGGGGGAAAUGGCAGAGAGAUCUUACUAAACUUAGUGAAAAUACCAUUGAAUGGGUAGUGGCAGAAAACAGUAACCAUCGAAUUUGGGAAAGUCCAAAGGGUAGAACCCAAUUACAACAACUCUUGUUACGUUUAGUUAGUGAAAAAUCAAACUACAUCUAA